GCCCCCUGACUACUGCUGCUGCCUUCCUGCACCCUCCUGCAGCCUUCCUGUCCCUGCUGCCUUCCUGCCCCCUGCUGUUGCUGCCUUCCUGCCCCUCUUGCCCCCAUACCCCUGCCCUGGUGCUGUUUUCCUUGUCCCCUAUUGAGCUGCCAGGGCAGAGGGAUGUCAGGACACCCCAAGCACCCACAGGCAAAAGGCAAGAGUCUCAUCAUUGAGGAUGAUUGUAAGGGUAAUACGGAUGAAGCCAACCCCUUCUCCUUCAAGCAGUUUGUAAAAAGCAAGAGUGGCUCAGGGCUGAACUCCACGGAAUGCGAUGGCCGAUAUACUAAGAUAUAUCACUCGCAAGACACCAGAAAAAAUGUCACGGUGAUUCCUACAUCUCGUGACGGUCUGAGUGUGGAAUACGAGGAGACAUUUUUUAAAAACCCCACAUUGUAUGAAAAUCUAGGAGAAGAGAAUGAUGAUGAUGACGAGGAGGAGGAAGAAUGGAGUGGUAGUUACCAUCCCCUGGCUAUUGAACGUACUCAUAAUGCCAAGACUAACUCUUCACCCCAUUGUGCAUAUGACGAGUCUUAUGACUAUAGCGCCAGUGACCUCUCGGGCGGAGAACCGUUUAAAAACUGGGAUUUUCCUGGAUCUUCUUCAACUGGAUACCACACCAAGGCAGAGCCUAACAAUUCGGCUGAUGACCUACGCUUGCACACUUUGCAAAUAAAGUAUGAGGAGGUACAAGAAGAAAAUUGUCUCCUCAAAAAACAACUCUGUGACCUUCGGGAAAUCAACAAAACUCAGGUGGACCAACUGCAGCAUAUGGAAAGAAGGUUAGAAGAACGGAUGUUGGAAGAGCAGAAAGAAGCUCAAGAUUUGGAGUCCAUGGUCCAACAGGUGGAACAGAACCUUCAGAUGAUGACUAAAAGGGCAGCAAAGGCCGAGGGUAAUGUGACCCGAUUAAAGCAGGAAGUGACCCUUUUACAGGUUCAGCUGGGCACCUACAAGGCUGACAAUGAGGCACUGCGCAGAGGAGAAACGGCUGGGAUGAACGCUGUGAAACAGAACGCAAGUCUGGCCUUGGAGAACCUUCACAGAGCCGUCAGCGGAGCUCAGUCUUCCAUAAAGCAGUUGAUGUCGGGAGCUGAAUCUCUGAAUCUUGUAGCUGAACUACUUCGCUCCAUAGACAAGAUUGCAGAAGUUCAUGAGGAUGAUGUGCCGUGAUGUCUCUCUGUUAUCAGACUUUGCAAGUUGUAAAACCUCUUGUUCACGUGUCACUAG